AUGCUGCCAUUACUUAUAUUCUUCUUCUUCUUCCCCUCCUCCUCAGUUGAUUCUUAUACCUAUUCAAAUGGUACAACUCCUCAGGAUGCAGCUUCACUACCGUUUCCAGCAAUGUACGUUUUGGGAGAUUCACUGGUUGACAGCGGAAACAACAACUUUUUACCGACUCUGGCCAAAGCUAAUUUCUUUCCUUAUGGCUCUGAUUUCCCGAGAGGGCCAACCGGAAGAUUCACCAAUGGCAGAACCGUUGUAGACUUCAUUGCUGAAUUUCUGGGUUUACCAUAUGUGCCACCAUACGCGAGUUUAAUGCGAGAAGCUUCAAUGGGUGGAAAUCAGGCAUCUGGGUUGAAUUAUGCAUCAGCUUCUUGCGGCAUUCUCACUGACACUGGAAAGAAUCUUGGUGGAUGCAUGGCUUUGGCAGAGCAAAUUAACUUGCUUCUGCUAACAAUUAAUGUCGAAUUGCCUAGAUACUUCCCCACAAAAGCAGAUAUCUCAAAUCACUUGUCCAAAUCGCUGUUUGUCAUCUCUGUCGGCAGCAAUGAUUAUCUCGUUAACUAUCUCCGACCAUUUUCCCCUACACGCGCUCUCUACCCGCCUCGAGUUUUCGCCCGCCUCCUCGUCAUCUCGCUCUGCCAACAGAUUCAGAGAUUGUACCAAAUGGGAGCUAGGAAAUUGCUAUUGUUUGAAAUUGGACCAAUUGGGUGCAUUCCAUCAAUUAGAAAGUACUCCUACCUCCUAAACAACAAAGGAUUCUGUGUGGAAGAAGUUAAUCGUUUUGCCGCCAUUUAUAACUACCAAUUACACAACAUGAUUCAAUAUUUGAGGCUGUCUUUGCCGGACGCCACGUUGAUUGUUGGUCGCGUUUUCAAUGCUGCCUAUGAUGCUAUACUAAAUCCCUCAUCUUACGGUUUUAGCGACGCGAGCGAGGCUUGUUGCAUGACAUGGGCGAAUGGGACGUCAGCAUGCAUUCCAGGAUUCCCACCCUGUGGCGACCCGUUCCAGCAUUAUUUCUGGGAUGGUUUUCAUCUGACUGAAGCUGUAUAUAGGCUCGUUGCAGAAGAUUGUAUCAAUGGUUCUUCCAUUUGCAAUCCCAAUAUCAGUGAGCUCGUUGAUAGUCUUCAGUAA